GAACAUUGUCCUCACCGCCAGGUACCAUGUGCUCACCGCCAGGAACCUUGUCCUCGUCGCCAGGUACCUUGUCCUCACCGCCAGGUCCCUUGUCCUCACCGCCAGGAACCUUGUCCUCACCACCAGGACCCUUGUCCUCACCGCCUCGCCUGAGCACAAGGUUCCUGGCGGUGAGGACAAAGUUCCUGGCGGUGAGGACAAGGUUCCUGGCGGUGAGGACAAGGCUCCUGGUGGUGAGAACAAGGUUUCUGGCAGUGAGGACAAGGUCCCUGGCGGUGAGGGCAAUGUUCCUGGCGGUGAGGACAAAGUUCCUGGCGGUGAGGACAAGGUACCUGGCGACGAGGACAAGGUUCCUGGCGGUGAGCACAUGGUUCCUGGCCGUGAGGAUAAUGUUCCUGGCGGUGAGGACAAAGUUCCUGGCGGUGAGGACAAAGUCCUGGCGGUGA